CAUUAUUAGUCCUACAAAACUAUUAUUAGCUGCCCCCCCCCCCCCCCCCUCCAUUAAGUUAUAGUGCACUGAUUCUGCAAAGUGUAGAUUUGUAAACAUACAAUUAUAGUUAUUCACUAUUCAGUGUUCUACAGCUCAACGUAGCCCUUCAGCUUCCCAUCCAUACAGUCCCUCCGAAGAAUUCCAUGGCCAGAAACGCAUCUCAAGCCUAGGCGAUCUCCUUCUUCUUUUCACCACACUACGGUUCUUAAGCCCCCCAGUUCCUAGAGUUACCGAUAAUUAUGUCAGAGAGUAUCACAUCAUCCGACGUAACGCUAGUUGUCGCCGUGGCCCUGCUGUUUGUUUACCUUUGGGGCCCACUUUAACGCGCGACCCCGUCUGGCCCCACUCCACUCCCCCCGGCGCGCUACCGCCGCCACUCCAGUCAACGCCGCCGCUCUACUAAGUGCGCGCAUCACGUCUCAUCAACCUCGAAUACGCACAACCUCCAUCAGCCGAAGCCACGAGGAAUACGCCGUUUCCAGGUGUAAAGAAGACGCAGAGGGUUUCCUGAUACUUUUGUCGUCCUCCUUUUAGUUUGAACAGUGAUGACGCCUGCAUGGAAAGCCCAGCCAGGAUACCCCGCGAUCGGAGACCAAUGGAAAGCGACCAUCCCCGCCAUCUCCCCGUCGAGUCACGUCGGGGACGGACCCCGCCACUGGGCCCCUCAGCCCCACCCUACAGGGGCGGCGCUGGGUGGCCCCCCCAGGCGCUGCGGCCCGCCGCCCCCCCUCCCCCUCUUCCACACGCGCCACGCCGAGCAGAGCGCCGGCCGGCCGCGGCUGGUCACCGUGGCACGGCCCUGCGGCCACAGCGACCUGCGGAAGGUAACGGUGCUGUUGAACCGCAGGGGCGUGGUUUCGUUUGAGCAGCUCCUACUCGAUGUCUCGGAGGCCCUGGGCUUUCCUCGCUGGCACAGGGGCCGGGUCACAAGGCUGUUCACGCCCCAUGGGCGGGAGGUGAGAGGCGUCAGCGACUUCUUCCGAGGCGAGGUGGCGUUCCUGGCCCUGGGGAGGGCCCGGCCGGAGCUGCGCAGCGUGCAGGAGGCCCUGGAGGAGCUGUUCCCGGAGCCGUCUCGUUACCGUGCCGAUGCCGUGCGCGCCUGGGAGAGGAGGCUCCGCCCCCCCCCGGAUAAAGCCGCCAAGGCCGACAGCGGGUACAGCGAGGAGACGGCCGACGGUGACGACGACCGGACGAACCCGCGAGCGCCGCUGAAGCCCGACGCGCAGUGGGACGCCAAGGCGAGGCCGCACCAGGGCGCCCGGAGAACCUCGCAGCCCCCUCCCCACGCGGGCAAGACGCGCAGGCACGACCACGACGGCCCCGCCGGCUGUAGACAGCCAAAAGAAAAACACCCCUGCAGACAACCCACCCACCCGCCCAAUCACCUGCAGGCGCUGCGGGGGAAAGGCGGGACUAGGGAGCAGCAGCCCUCUGGGAUUGGUCUGUUCCAGGCGGACAAGGCGCUGAGGGGAGCACACGCUCCGUCUCCGUCGUUGUGUCAAAACUGCUUAGCGGGGCGGAACAAACUGCUAGUGUGUUCUGAGCUGCCUGAUCAGAUUCCCAAGAGAGUCCCACUUCCUCCCGUGUCAAGGAAACCCAAACCAAGCCCUACGAAGCAUCCCAAAAGCACUCGUCUGGGGGCCGUCGCCCCGCAGCGGGGGAUCAGAGAUGAGGAGGAACAGUGCCUGGAACAAUUAAAACAUUCGUCCAUAAACUCCCCGCGAGGGGGGCCGCCGGAGCCCGAGGAGACCCAGCGCUGGGUGCCCUUUGACCUCCUGCGAGACAAGAAAGAGGUCGCCCUGUCCGACAUCGAGCGCUGCUACGACAUCGGCCGUGUGAUCGGCGACGGGAACUUUGCGAUCGUGCGGGAGUGCCGGCGUCGCGACACCGGACUGAGCCUGGCCAUGAAGAUCGUGGAGCGCUCCAAGCUGAUUGGCCGAGAGCACAUGAUGCAGAACGAGCUCAGCCUGCUGGGCAGCCUGUCGCACCCGUGUGUGGUGCGGCUGUUCGCCCACUACCACACGCACACCCAGGCCUACCUGGUGCUGGAGCUGGUCAACGGCGGAGAUCUCUUCGAGGCCAUCGCCAGGAGAGGGAAGUUCCCAGAGGACGAGGCGGGGCUCAUCGUGGCGGACGUGAGCGGAGCGCUGAGUUAUAUCCACUCCAAGAGCAUCGUCCACCGGGACCUCAAACCGGAAAACCUUCUGAUUGAGUGCAGGGCCGAUGGCAGCAAUAGACUUAAACUGGGGGACUUCGGUCUGGCCAUGGUGGUCACAGAACCUAUUUUCACAGUCUGUGGCACGCCCACCUAUGUCGCCCCAGAGAUCCUCUCUGAGACAGGUUAUGGUCUGUCGGUGGACGUGUGGGCUCUGGGGGUCAUCCUCUACAUACUGCUCUGUGGCUUCCCUCCGUUCCGCAGUCAGGAUCGAGACCAGGAGGAGCUGUUCAAGCUCAUAAGGGAGGGAAAAGUCCACUUUCUCUCCAAUUACUGGGACCCUGUUUCAGAGGGAGCCAAAGACCUGGUCAAAGGGUUGCUCCAGGGUAACCCCAUCGAGAGGCUCUCAGCCUCCCAGUCUCUACAGCACCCCUGGGUGCAGGCCAUGGCCACUGCCUGCAGACAGGGGGCGCUCACACAGAGGCUGCACAAGACUACCGCCGCGCUGGCAGCAGCAGAGUCCAGAGACACACGAGGGCAGACGUCCACAGGGAAAGCCCCCAGAGACAAAAGGACGGCGCACGCAGACAGCCAACCGGGGCUUACACACAAAGCACAGAUUAGCCCCGCAGCGGAGGCUACCGAACCAUCAGGGGCCCACCGUGAGCUGAACCCAGGGGCCCCGGAGUGGCGGGAGGAGGGAUCACGGCAGGCCGACGCAGCAGAGCACCCUGCGGGGGUGGACGCCGACGCCGCGCCGUCUGAACGGCCAGGCUCCUCCCCGACCCCUUCCACCUCCCCGCCACUGCCACCGGCCGCCCCCCCGGACAGCCACGCACGCUCCCCCCGAUCGGGAACCAUGGACACGGCGGCAACGUCGCCCCCAGGUGCUGCUCAGGACGUCCUCCAGCAGCCACAGGCACCCGGCGCCCUCCGCCCCCUGGUUCUAGAGAGCUCUCUCACAUCAAAACAAACCCAGCCACCGACUGGACCGACGGAACCCAGUCCCUCCUCCAGCCCAACCACCAGCCCCUGAACCACUGCGACCCCCCCCCCCCCCCCACCUUCACCCCCAGUACCGACCUUCUUCCCCCUCUCUGUUCUCCAAUCUAAGAUGAUGGAAUCACAAAUCACAGAGCCCACCCCCCAGGCUGCCGUCUCAGACAAUACUGCUGAUUUGCACCGCCUGGAAUCCCCUGAAUCCUGGAAGACGGGAGGCCCAGAUUCACUCUCUGAGUGAUUGAAUGGCAGCUGAUUAACGAGGAGAGUUGUGUGCUGAAAUGGGGGGCGGGGUGAAGGAGUGAGUGAGCAGGGCGACAUGGGGGGGCUAUAGGCUGCAGGACCCUGUACACAGGAAUCCCAGGUGGAAAAGUUAAAGUAGUUCUGUGAAGGUCAUCCUUCUUCUGCCAUGAUGUACAUGCCACUGAAAGAAUAGAGAAACGUUUAUAUUUAUUGUAUUUUUCAAUGGAUGCCAUAAUCACAUUGUUACCUUGUAGCACACGCACGCACACUUGCACACCAUGUACUAAUAUCUAGAGAAGCUAAUAUGUUUCUGACAAUGUGGAUAUUACAAAUGAUCUACUAGUAAUAAACUAAACUAAUAAAUAAACAAAUCUAACUGUAA